AGGGUUGGCAGCACUGGCCGCAAUCAGUCAGUCUCACUCUGUUUCCCCGUACCCCGGAAAUUAUUGAAUUUUCUGUUUUCGUAGUUUGGUGAUGUGAAUUGUGCAAUAUUUGCAAGAUGUCUACAAGGCAGAUAAGAAAAGUGGUUGGAGGCAACACUCUACCGCCUCCUGACGACAGCGAUUCCGAUUUUGAACCUCUUUAUGCUUCGAAGAAUCCUAAGAACAUAUACCAAGGGCUAUGUGGAGAGUCACCGUCUGACUCUUCAGAAGGUAACGAGUCCUGCGAGAAGGAGUCGGAGGCAGAAGUGAAGCCUGCCCCGCCAGCGCCAAAGAACAAGAACAACAAGAAGAAGAAGCAACGCAAGAAGAGAGCUAAGAACACCAUCCAGCUCGACGAGAUCGAGCAGAGUCUGAAGGAGGUGAACGAACUCCUUGGAGCGCCUCCGCCAGCGCCCGAGCCCAAGCCUGAGGAGCCGAAGACGGUGGAAGACAUACUCUUCGCCAUCAACUACAAACAUUUGAACCCGGCUGCUGAGCUGAGGAAGCUUCUUGGUCCAGAUUUGGAGGAGGAAGCACGAAGGCGACGCAACCGCGGAUUGAAUUACUCAAAACGAGGACUGAUAAUACAAUCCGAUGAGCGAUUCAGCAGAGUUGGAAUCACCAUGUCGAUAAUGCGAAGCGAAAUGAGAGACGGCUGCACGUACUUCUCCAUUGACCACGACACGGCUUAUCAGAAACACCACAAGGCGUUCGUUCAGUUCGCCCUGGAGCACGUGAACGAGUUCCUGGAAUUGGACGUGGCCGAGGCGAUGACCUCGCUGCAUUUGGAGAAGAUGGUCCAGUCUGUGGACAUGCUGUUCCAAAUCGAGGAUUACGGCAAAGCGAAGCAAUUGAUGGAUCGAAUUGUUGCAUAUAUGCAAUUCAUUGGACAUCCACAAUUUAAAAUUACAGAUAGAAACGUCCGCCUCGACUACAGGGUGGUCGAGAACCGCGUUUACCACGUGGCAAUGUUGAAAUACAUAUACAUACUGACUAACAGCGCAUGCCACCGCACCGCACUGGAGAUAUGCAAGGUUCUCAUGAACCUGGACCCAUCCGAUCCUUUGGCACUGAUCAUACUCGUCGACAUGCUGGCGCUGCGGGCCAGGGAACACGAGUGGCUGAUCGACUUGGUGGACUAUUGGAGGUGUCACAGGGACGCCGAUUUCAUGUUCAACCUGUUGUAUUCGUACUCGCUGGCGAAGUUCCACGUUCUAACUAAAAAUAAAGGCGACUUGGCCGACGCGAAUUGCCUCCUGCGAUACGCGAUACGUCGCUUCCCCCUCGUUGUGCCAGAACUGUUCAAGGUGACCAGCAACAGGAACCCUUUGGUUGACGAAUGUGAUCUCUUCAAAGAGGAUCAGGAUUUAUCACCAUCCAGCAAGCUGUUAUGGCAAGAUCUGCUCAGAUACUACACGGUGUUUACGGCGCAAAAAUGGCGCGAACCGGAAGUGUGGGCGUGGUUCACUGAGAACGUUAUGGCUGUCAUCGAGGAAUACAACAAUGAUGAGGACACACGGGAAUGCGUGAAAGAUUUCGCAGCACUUAGAGCGUUCUUCCUGCGAAGCCUUCCCGAUCAGAUCCUUAGACAUUUCCAAGUGAUCAAACUAAUGAACGUGUUCAUUUUCGAUGAUAAAAUCCUGUCAUCCCGCAUUUCCGUGACCUCGUACAAUCCGGAGCCGUUCCCCGCCGAGAACGUGAACCGUUACGAGUACAAUUUCGAUUUGAACCCGCAACCGGUAGCGCCUGUGUCACUGGGCAUAUUAGGAGACUUCUUAAGGUCCAUAGCACCGGAGUACAUGAACGCAUGGCAUCACGGGUUGGCCCUGCCUAGACCAGCUGCGCGAGCGCAGCAAGCGCCACAAGCGCAGCCAGCUCCACAAGCGCCACCAGCUCCACAAGCGCAGCAAGCGCCACAGGCGCAGUCAGCUCCACAAGCGCAGCAAGCGCCACAAGCGCAGUCAGCUCCACAAGCGCAGUCAGCUUCACAAGCGCAGCAAGCGCCACAAGCGCCACCAGCUCCACAAGCGCAGCAAGCGCCACAACCGCAGCCAGCUCCACAAGCGCAGUCAGCUCCACAAGCACCGCGAGCACCACAAGCGCCGCGAACUCAACAAGCGCAGCGAGCUCCACAAGCGCCGCCAGACGACGAAGGUGUGUUGUUCCCUGAUGAUGCAACCAUGGCGGAGGUAUUUGCCACAAUGCAAGAGUUCAUGCGAUACGGCCUUAUCAUCAGUGCUACGGAAGCUGAGAGCCAGGAAGACGACCGAUGGGAUUUCGUCCUGCCUGAUGUUUUAUUUUCACGCUCAGAUUUAUUUAGUGUUUUUUUCUUUUUUUGUUGUUAUUUAAUUAAGACAUCAAAUAUGUUACGUUCUAAUUCUAUGGCAAUAUUUUGUAUUAUUGCCAUGGAGUUUUGCGAAAGGUUCUCGUUUUGCGGUUUACGAACAAUACUGUCUUUGUACCUGAGAAAUGUGUUGUGUCUGCACGAGAAUGCGGCGACCGUAGUGUACCACAUAUUUAUAAUGAUGUGCUACACCAUGCCGCUGGUUGGAGCUGUUUUGGCUGAUAACUUCAUAGGGAGAUACAAUGUCAUAUUGUACUUCUCGAUUAUAUACUUAUUCGGAACUAUGCUGACUUGCUGUUCUAGUAUGCCACCUCUGAUGUUACCCGCCACAACAACUUCAAUGAUAGGCCUGGCUCUUAUAGCCACUGGUACAGGAGGUGUCAAACCUUGUGUGGCUGCCUUCGGAGGAGACCAGUUCCGUCUCCCCGAGGAGAACCAGCAGUUGCAGCGGUUCUUCUCCACUUUCUACUGCAUGGUGAACCUCGGCGGUUUCAUGGGGAUGAUCGUUACGCCAGCGCUGCGCAGGAGUGUCAUGUGUUUCGGCGACGACGCUUGUUACGCUCUGGGUUUUGGAUUUACUUCUGUUUUGGUGCUGGUUUCUAUAAUUAUUUUCGUGCUGGGGAAGCCGUGGUACAGAAUAAAGAAGCCGAGAGAUAACAUCACUUUUCAGUUUAUAAGCUGUGCUUGGUACGCCUUCGUAAAACGUCUCCGCUAUAACCCAGUCCCGGACUCUCCUCCGCUCCAACAUUGGCUCGACCUCAGCGCUGAGAAGUAUGGAGAGAAGCUGAUAUCUGACAUGAAGGUCGUGUUCUCAAUACUCUACAUGUAUUUGCCUGUGCCGAUUUUUUGGUCCCUUUUUGAUCAGCAGGGUUCCCGCUGGACAUUCCAAGCUUCACGGCUCCGCAGCGAUGUGUUGGGCAUCAACCUGAUGCCGGAUCAGCUCCAAGUGAUGAGCCCCGCCAUGGUGCUGGUGAUGAUACCCGUGUGCCCGGGGGGAGCCUGGCCCCUCAUCCCGGACAUGCCGCCGCUGCACAAGAUGUUCGCCGGCGGCAUGUUGGCAGCCCUGGCGUUCGUGUCCGCGGGAAUCCUCCAAAUUGGAAUUGAGCGUUCAACCCUACAAGUGCCUGGGCCGGAUCAGACCGGCCUCGUGUUCCUCAACACGCUGCCUUGCUACGUGGACAUCGACGUCAGGGGCGAAGGCCUGGCCUCCGUGGAGCCCCACGGCACAACGCUGAUGACUCCUCUGCCUCAUCAACUCCUCACGAUCAUGGCUAGAUGUCCAGUUGAUUGCGCCGGCAGAAUCAUGAGAAGGGAGAGGGUUAUGGAUGACGUCAGGACCGUGGCGGGAAUGUUCAUGCCGAUCAUUAUCGGUCAGAAUUCUGAUGACAAGCUGUCGCUGUAUAUGAUGGACCCUAAUCCCUUCGUCAAAUCUUUGACCGGGAAACCAAAACUCAAGGUGGUGUACAUCGGCGAGACUGGUCCAAACAAAAAUGUGUCGAUAGCCAUAGAAACUGAGAAGAGGCUUAGCAACAUAUACUAUGUGUCCAAUUCACCCAUAGAGAACAUCGGAGAAUCUGCAUAUAUGUGUCUACAGCCUGGCAAGUUCCGCUGGUACGCAACCAGCGCCUCCGACGAGAUCUCAGGGUCUGGAGAAGGCCACCUCCUCGCUGGUGGAGUGUACGUUCUGUCUAUCAGGGAGCGCCUGGGGAGGCUGGACGAUGCCGUUCUCCAUGCCCCCAACGCCCCGAACGAGCUAAAUCUAGCCUGGAUAGUGCCACAGUACUUUUUGGUCUCGGUGGCUGAGAUUAUGUUUGCUGUAGCUGGGUUGGAGUUUUCUUUCACUCAGGCGCCAAAAAGUAUGAAAACUAUAACAAUUGCCGCUUGGUACGUUUCCGUGGCUUUCGGCAACUUGAUCGUGAUACUUGUGGCCCAGACUAAGGUGUUCCACUCUAGGGCUACGGAAUACUUCGUGUACGCCGCGGUGCUAGCGGCCGCUAUGCUGGUCUUCCUGCGAAUGGCCCAGGGUUACGAGUGCCACAGCAUCGAGGGUGACGGCUCCUCCACUGAGAGCAGGCCGCUGUUGCUCCACAAGUCCAGGGUGAUAUCAGUCCAUUCCCUGUCAAACGCGACACACGCCUACUCUCGUGAUGUGGCAAGUGACGGGUCUUUCCUGGGCGUCAUGGAGACAGCCAAGUCCGCUCUAUGGCCGACCAGGGCAUAUGUCCAUUUAGCCACACCAAGCACAAGCGAUAAUCUAGCAACAACGCUGGCGAAAGAAUGAUUUUUGAUUCAUUGC